AUGUCUUCCAACCCCAGCUCCAGCAUCUCCUCUUCUCUCCCCGCCGACGAGCGCAUGCAGGACAUGCAGCUCCACAACACCACCACCACCACCCGCCACCAUUCUCCCGCGACCGAGUCCAUCCACGGCUCGCGGUUCCUGGCCCCCAGCGCCAGCUUCGACGGCUCCCCUCGCCGCGCCAUGAGCGACCGCAUGGCGCUCCCGCCCGCCGCCCCCAUCACCGGCGGCUACGACUACGCCGAGAUCCCCUCCGGCCUCCCCAUCUACCCCGCCGCCGCCGCCCCGGCCCACCCCAUGAACGGGCCCACCUCUCCGGGCUACAACCCGUUCUCCAGCUCGCCCGCCUCCUCCGCCGCCGCGCCCGCGCCCAUCCCGGCGCCGUUCCAGCAGCAGCAGCAGCAGCAACAGCAACACUUCCCGGGGCCCUCCACCCCUCCGCGCCAGACCUCUCCUCCCUCCUCCGCCUUCUCCCCCGCCGCCGCCGAGAGCGACGACGACGACGACAACAACAACAACGACAACGACGACGACGACAACCCCCUCCUCACCCACCUCCUCACCACCCUCUCGGGCAGCGUCCGCGCCGCCGUCCCCCUCCUCCUCCGGCCCCCCGGCGCCUACACCGGGGGUGAUUUCCCCGAGCGCGCGCGGGCGCGCCUCACCGCGGCGCUGGCGCCGCUGCUCGACGCCCACGCCCGGCGCCUGCGCGACGACGCGGCGUCGGCCGACGCGACGGCCGCGUGGCUGCAGGGCGAGCUGGACUCGCUGCAGGGCGUGUGGGUCGAGCAGGACGCCGAGAUCGCGUCGCUCCGGGCGGCGGUGGAGAGGGCGCGGGACGCGGAGCAGGCGCGGUACGAGGAGGUGUUGGGGAUGGUGCGGGAGAGGGGGGUGAGGGACGGGGAGAGGGAGGGGGAGGUGGAGAGGUUGAGGCGGGAGGUGGAGAGGUUGAGGCGGGAGAAUGAGGUGUUGAGGGGGGAGAAUGAGGGGCUGAGGGAGAGGGAGUGGGAGACGGAGGAGGAGGGAGAGGAGGAGCAGCAGGAGGAGGGUCCUGCUGGUGAGCAGGAGCAGCAGCAGCCGCAGCAGCAGGAGGAGGAGCAGGAGGAGGAGGAGGAAGAGGAGCAGAUUCCUCUUCAGCAAGAGGAGAACGAGGGCGCCGACGCCGACGCCGACGACGAAGACGACGAGGACGAGGACGAGCUGCGCAACAUGCGCAGAUCCAAGCGCAGGAUGCUGGCCUCUGGCGCCAGCCAAGCCGUUGCCUCUGCUGCCGCCGUCGCCCCUGCUGCCGCUGCCCCUGCCGUCGCCACCACCGCCGCCGUCAACUUCCCGCGCCAGGUGCGCACCGCCUUCGCGGCGGUCCAGCACCAGCUGGGCCAGGCGGCUGGCCCGUUCCGCCUCGAGAGCGCCAACACCCUCCGCGAGUUCGACGCGAAGCUCUGCGAGACCGUCGAAGAGAACGACACCGACGCGGACGAGGCCGACGAGCUCGCCGCCGCUGGCUCCCGUCCCCCCUCCCCAGUCGUCGCUGGCCCUUCUUCCGCCGCGGCCGGUCCUUCCACCACCGCUGGUCCUUCUCUCACCACCGCCGGUCCUUCUCACACCACCGCCGCCGCCGCCACAGGCCCAUCCACCGCCGCCGGCCCAUCUUCCACCACCGCCGCGUCCGCAUCCGCAACCACCACCGACCAACACCUCCAAACCGCGCGCUCCUUCCUCCUCGCGCGCAUGCAACUCCGCACCACGCCUACCCCCACCUACGUCGACCUCCUCCCGUCCACCACCCCCGCCGUCGCCGCCAUCGACGCCUCCCUCGCCGCGCUGCUCCACGACCGCGACCGCGCCGACAAGGGCACGCGCUGGGCCGACGCGGGCGCCUUCUUCCCGGACUACUGCUUCCGCGGCGCGGUGGUGGCGCGGCGGCGCCCGCGCUUCGACGCCGGGCCCGGGCGCGCGUGCACCGAGUGCAUGGGCUGCGGGAAGCCGUGCAUGGUGCGCGGAGAUCACGCGGGAGAGUUGGUCGUCUUGCCGAGGAGGGAUCCGGGAGAGGGCGAUUGGAGGGAGGCGAGUAUGUGGGUGGGUGAGGGGUCGGCGUCGUCGUCUGCGCAGCAGAAUAGGGGAGGUGGAGCGGGAGGACAGAAGAGGAAGAGGAGGAGGAGGUACUGA